CUUUCUCGCUCCGAGCAUCUUCUAGACAAGCUGAAAAACUGCAUUGACCGUCGCAGCCCGCCAUAUUUUCAACUCGCACGCCCUACAUACUCACCAUAACGCCAACACCCACAAAGGCACACGUAACAAUAGACGAUCUCAUAGUCAAGAAGAGGAGGUCAAUGGCACAGUCAGAGGGAUCAAAUGCUCCGUUAGAGGGGUCGAAUGCCCGUAAUAGCGCACACACAGCUAUCGAGGAGACGACCACAUUCAUCGAAAACCUAUUGGAGCUACGGGACAAGGAUGGCCGAAGGGUUAUGAGCACUUCGACGAUGAACCGAGUCUCGGACCUGCUUAAGUUUUGCAAGGAUACGACAAAGACACCAGAGGAGAAGCAAGCCGCUGUCCACUGUCGCGGCGAGUUAGAGAGGCGACUCGGGCUUGACGCCAAGUACGCCUCUGCAAUGCGAAAGCUCGAGGCGAUGCAACACGACCAAUUCUUUUUACGAUAUGGCGACUACUAUGCUGCAGUAUUGGGAAGAGUUAGAAGGCAGGCGAAGCAGACCGGAAAGACGCAGCAACCCAGCAAGAAGACCAUUCCCCCAGCAGAGUUGUCAGGCGAUGUAGACGAGGACACAUCCGCGAAUCCAGACACACCUAUCGUAAAUAAGGAGUCCGCCCCAAAGAUCUUAUUCACGCCAUGGGCCCAUAUUAACGGGAUUCUUUCCGCCGAGGAAGACAGGAUGAAGGACUGGGAGAUAGAAACACAAGGCGAGGAUGCGGACAGCAAGCCCGAAACACCAAUGACGGACUAUGUCCAGGAAGUCACAAGACGAACGACAGACUACGAUUUUGAGUUGGUCAGGAAGUCGAUACACGCAAAUGCUAUACGAAACAAGCUGGCACACAGUCACCUCACCCAAUUGGCCGAAGAGAACAAGUGGUUUAAGUUAGCACACGCCUUGCCAACGACAUUGAGGACUUGGCUACCGCACCAGCGUCAUGUAAACAAUUCGUUGAUACCACGCGUCGAGGCAUAUUGAAGGUGGCAAAGAAUUGGUUUUUGACUUUUGAUUGGAACGAGUAGCAAAACGAGCUCAUCCACUACGUACCCCGGCCUAUCGGAGAUAUUUUCUCGACUACUACCGUCCCGUCGGGGAAGGAAGAGCGGGCGGACGAUAUGCCCGCGAAGAAAAGGAAGAAGCGGACCGGCGUGCCCAAGUUCCAGCGAGGUGCGAAGUCGGAGAUGGAGUGGGAUGAUGAGGAGGAUAAGAUAACUCAUUGGGAUGUCUUGGGAUGGAAGAGGAUGGAUGAGCGAGCCGUGGUUCCGCCAAGGCAGAGCCUAGGCCACGCCUUGGCGCUGUGGAUGCGGUUACAAGUCACCACCCGUGCCAUAAAUGCAGUCUACCAGUCAACAUCAGCGCUAUCGAUGCAGUUACUAG